UUCUUUCUUCAUUCUCAUGCUCAUUGUCACUUGUUGCUUGCCGGGGUUUCACUUUUGUUUCGACUUUCUUUAACUUCAAGGCAUUUAAUGGAAAACAUAUUGCUCUAAAGCGUUAACAGCAUUCUCUCUCUCUUUUCUUAGUGAAAAUCUUUGACACAGUAAUUUUGUUUUCUUCUGCUUGGUUCUUUUCCUUUUCUCAAUUUCAUGGUAGUCCUGUUUAGUGAAGCUUUCAAAUUUGUCUACACAAUCCAUACAUUGUUCUGUUGUCUUUUUUAAAAGUGUGGCUAUGUAGCUGUAUAUGUUCGUCGUCUUGGUAAUUUUCAGUUUUUGAGACGCCUGUGGGAACUGGUUUUGUCUUCUGGCUAUUUCCAUUUUCUGAGUUUCUCGUAUGUCUAAUCAAAUUUUAUCAUUAAUUCUUCUCUUCCUUGCUCAAACUCAUUGGCUUCCUCACCGGACAUUCGUGUGUUUUUUUAUCUUUUGAUUUGAUUUUUUUUUUUGUCUUUUGCUGUGAUACCUCGUGUUGCACAGUUAAUGUUUUGUGCUGCAAAUUUGAACUGAGAUUUCCUUGUUUUAUGCCUUUUCAACUUUAAGCAGAAGGCAGAAGAUGUUGUCAAAAUUUACUUUUGUUUGCUUUAUUUUGCUCUAUGGACUUCUAUACUACCACCAUAACCACUUUUGGAUUUACUCGCUGAAACAAAGAUAUAACAAGCAAAAGGUAGAAGAGUGUGAAAUUGGUUUUUGCUGUGCAGCUUGUCAUCUUUGACAAGUGUGUUGUACUGUUGUUGUUUGUACACAUAAAUACUCAUCUACAAAGGCAACAUGCCUGUGAGGCAGAUGAAAGAUAGUUCCGAGCAACACCUUGUGAUCAAACCCCAUUUGCAGAAUCCUAUGAAUCCGGCCAAGAAGACAACGAAAGCUGCUCAAAACGGCAAAGAUCCACCACCCCAAGAAAACCAUAACCAAACUUUGUCUCACGCAAAGAACAAGGGAAGAAGAAGGGGGAGAGGUGGCAGAAAACCUGAUCAAGGAGAUGUUAUGAUGAGGCCUAGUUGCAGGCCAUGUACUGCGCCACUAACAAGUAGGGCAAAUGGGAAUGUUGAAAAUGGUUGCAUCACUGAUACUGGUUUUCCCACUUCAAGCAAGUCCUUGAACUUUGCUCGUAGACCUGGGUAUGGACAAGUUGGGACAAAAUGCAUUGUGAAGGCUAACCACUUCUUUGCAGAGUUACCAGACAAGGACUUGAACCAAUAUGAUGUUACUAUUACCCCAGAAGUGUCUUCUAGAACAGUAAACAGGUCCAUCAUAGCAGAACUUGUGAGGCUGUAUAAAGAAUCUGACUUGGGGAUGAGACUUCCAGCAUAUGAUGGCAGAAAAAGUCUGUACACAGCAGGGCAGCUUCCCUUUGCUUGGAGAGAAUUUAAAAUUAAGCUUGUAGAUGAAGAGGAUGGAGUUAAUGGCCCCAAAAGGGAACGAGAGUACAGGGUAGUGAUCAAGUUUGUUGCUCGGGCAAACUUGCAUCACCUGGGCCAGUUUCUAGCUGGUAAGCGUGCUGAUGCACCACAAGAGGCACUUCAAAUUCUUGACAUAGUACUAAGAGAGCUGUCAACUAAGAGGUAUUGCCCCAUUGGAAGGUCCUUCUUUUCACAUGAUAUUAGAACACCACAACGGCUUGGAGAGGGAUUACAGUCAUGGUGUGGAUUUUACCAGAGCAUAAGGCCUACACAAAUGGGCCUGUCCCUCAAUAUUGAUAUGGCAUCUGCUGCAUUUAUUGAGCCUCUUCCAGUAGUGGAAUUUGUUGGGCAGCUAUUAGGAAAAGAUGUGCUUUCAAGACCAUUGUCAGAUGCAGAUCGCAUUAAGAUUAAGAAAGCCCUUAGAGGAGUUAAAGUUGAAGUGACCCACAGAGGAAGUGUGAGAAGAAAAUAUCGUGUUUCGGGGUUGACUUCUCAACCAACAAGAGAACUUGUGUUUCCUGUUGAUGAGAACUCAACUAUGAAAUCAGUGGUUGAAUACUUCCAAGAGAUGUAUGGUUUCACUAUUCAAUACACUCACCUUCCUUGCCUUCAAGUAGGAAACCAAAAGAAGGCCAACUAUUUACCUAUGGAGGCAUGCAAAAUUGUUGAGGGGCAACGUUAUACAAAAAGAUUGAAUGAGAAGCAAAUUACUGCUCUGUUAAAAGUUACUUGCCAGAGACCUCGCGAUCGGGAAAAUGACAUUUUACGGACCAUUCAGCAUAAUGCUUAUGAUCAAGAUCCUUAUGCAAAGGAAUUUGGAAUUAAAAUCAGUGAAAAGCUAGCUUCCGUUGAAGCACGAAUUCUUCCUGCCCCUUGGCUUAAAUAUCACGAAAGUGGGAAAGAAAAGAACUGUUUACCCCAAGUUGGUCAGUGGAAUAUGAUGAACAAGAAAAUGAUUAAUGGAAUGACUGUUAGCCGGUGGGCAUGCAUAAAUUUUUCACGGAGUGUGCAAGAUAGUGUUGCUCGCACUUUUUGUAAUGAGCUUUCUCAAAUGUGUCAAGUAUCUGGCAUGGAAUUUAACCCAGAGCCUGUUAUCCCCAUAUACAAUGCCAAGCCUGAACAGGUGGGAAAAGCUUUGAAACAUGUUUACCAUGUUUCAGCGAGCAAAACUAAAGGAAAGGAGUUGGAGCUUUUGUUAGCAAUAUUGCCAGACAAUAAUGGAUCUCUCUAUGGUGAUCUCAAGCGUAUUUGUGAAACUGACCUUGGCUUAAUCUCACAAUGCUGUCUGACAAAGCAUGUCUUCAAAAUCACUAAACAGUACUUGGCUAAUGUGUCUCUGAAGAUCAAUGUAAAGAUGGGAGGUAGAAACACUGUACUUCUUGAUGCUGUAAGCUGCAGAAUACCAUUGGUUAGUGACAUACCAACCAUAAUUUUCGGAGCAGAUGUAACCCACCCUGAAAAUGGAGAAGACUCAAGCCCCUCAAUAGCAGCUGUAGUAGCAUCCCAGGACUGGCCUGAAGUGACAAAAUAUGCUGGUUUAGUGUGCGCCCAAGCUCACAGACAGGAACUUAUACAGGAUUUGUACAAAACAUGGCAUGACCCUGUUCGUGGCACAGUCAGUGGUGGCAUGAUCCGAGAUUUACUGGUUUCCUUUAGAAAGGCAACAGGACAAAAGCCUCUGCGGAUUAUAUUUUACAGGGAUGGUGUAAGUGAAGGACAAUUUUACCAAGUUUUACUCUAUGAGUUGGAUGCGAUUCGAAAGGCAUGUGCUUCCUUAGAACCAAACUACCAGCCUCCUGUAACUUUCAUAGUUGUGCAAAAAAGACACCAUACCCGGUUAUUCGCAAACAACUACAGGGACAGAAGCAGUACAGAUAGGAGUGGGAAUAUAUUGCCUGGGACUGUUGUUGAUUCCAAAAUCUGCCAUCCAACAGAAUUUGAUUUUUAUCUCUGCAGUCAUGCUGGCAUCCAGGGUACCAGUCGGCCGGCACAUUAUCAUGUUUUGUGGGAUGAAAACAACUUCACAGCAGAUGGAAUUCAGUCUUUGACAAACAAUCUGUGUUAUACAUAUGCCAGGUGUACGCGCUCGGUAUCUGUAGUUCCUCCAGCAUAUUAUGCACAUUUAGCAGCCUUUCGAGCCCGGUUCUAUAUGGAACCAGAUAUGCAAGAGAAUGGCUCUAAUGGUGAUGGUAAUGGUCAUAGUUCCAAAGGAACACGUGUAGCUGGAGAUUAUAGUGUCAAGCCAUUGCCAGACUUGAAAGAAAAUGUGAAGAGAGUAAUGUUUUACUGUUAGACUUCUAGGUAGGUAAGUGAAACGAUCAUGGAAUUCAAUGUUCACCUCACAUUACUUUGUACAUUAGUUGUGGUUCAUGCAUAGCAGCUAGGUUUCCCGUGAUAGAUGCAUGAUUACAGUUCUUUAGGCUUAGUUAGUUUUAGAAUGAAUUCCUACAAGUAUUAUUAGGUUUUAUAGAUGCUGUCAAAUUUGGCAUUGUAAAAAUAUUCUGUCAAUCAUUGUAGAAAAUUUUGCCAUAAGGCCUUUACAAAUGUUGAAGAGUAGAAAUUUCCUACUUCAUCUUUGCAAGGAGGGGAAGUUUUUCUAAUUAGUCUAAUUUGCAAAACAUUAAGUUAGCAUUCAUGAUUAUCAUGUACAAUAAAUAUAUACAUUAAGCCAGAGAAUAUUGGGAUACAAGUUAGUGUAACG